AAGUAGUGGUUCAUCAUAGAGCUAAGGAAAGAAGUGUGGAUAAUGUGGAGAGAUCAGUUGUGAGAGAUAAUAGAUCAGAAAAGAAAAGUAUUAGCAAAGACCCAAAGGCACACACAAAAGCUGAUUAAUUGAAAAUGGCUGCUACCUCUACCUCUAUCAACAUCUUCCCAUUUCCCUCCUAUCAAAUUUUUAGAAGUAAAAGAAAAUCAUCACCCAAUGACAUUAUUGUUCCUUUUGCUGCACUGCCAACAUCUAAUUUGCUGCCCAAAAGAUGCCAGAAGUGUGGAGGUAAAGGGGCCAUUGAUUGUCCUGGAUGUAAGGGAACGGGAAAGAACAAGAAAAACGGAAACAUCUUCGAGCGUUGGAAAUGUUUUGAGUGUCAAGGAUUUGGAUUGAAGAGUUGUCCUCAAUGUGGAAAAGGAGGCCUCACUCCAGAGCAAAGGGGAGAAAGAUAAAUGCAUUCAACACAACAGCUCCUAAAUAAACCCUUUAUAUAUCUAUACAUAUACUUUCAAUUUGAUUUUUAUAUUUUUCCUAUUGUAACAAUGUGUUAAUAUAUAUAUAUAUCUCAUUAGCUUUCUAAUUCUUAUUAUAUUUUUGUAUAUUAAAUGUGUUUUAUUUUCUUUAAUUUUUUCAUUUUAAAUUUUGGGUGUUUGAGAAUAUUGUAUACUCAAAAAUUAUGUCAAAGUAAUAUAGUUUAAACCAA